AUGGUGGCUCGCUCGCCGCGCAGCCUGACCGCCCGCUCGCUCUGCACACGGGCCAUACUGACGGUGCGUGACCUCCUCGCGUCCAAGCGGAGCAGUGCAGUCAAGUUUGUCGCUGCCGACGCGCCGGUCGUGGUGGCUGCGCAGCAGCUCACCAACAACCGCGAGACGGCUCUGAUCGUCAAGGAUCCGAGCACUCGGCGCGUGGUGGGGCUCCUGACGCAGGGCGACAUCGUGCGCUGCCUGGCCAGCCGGCUGACGGCCGAGAACAUGUCGCUUCAAACGCUGCCGUCCGAGGCUGCGGUCGGGUGGGACGACGAGCCGGCGGACCCCGCGCUGGGGAUGGUGAGCUGGGACGUGCCCGUCAGCUGCAUCAUGACCCCAACCGAGAAGAUUGUCUACCUCACGCCCGGGGACACGAUCGACGAGGCGCGCGACCUCCUCGCGACGUGCGGCAAGCGGCACAUCCCGGUGCUGGACGGCUCGAGCUUCCUCGGGGUCAUCUCUCCGAUGACGGUGCUGCGCUGCCUGAGUCCGGCCGGCGGCCGCUCCGCCAAGGACGCCUUUGUCACGACGGUGAUGCCUCGGCGCGGCGUCCCGCAGACGACGCAGAUCGAUCAGCCGGCCGAGGGGGAGGAGGCGCAGCAGCGGCUCGCAAUCACGCCCGCCGUCUGCAACCUGCCCCACCCGCACAAGGGCACCGCGGGCGAGGACGCGUACCUGCUCGGCCCGCAGCUGGUCGGCGUGGCGGACGGGGCGCUGAUGCACGCCUCGGCGGGCGAGUGCGCGGAGCGGGCGCGGAGCGGCGCCGAGCAGCGGCCGAGGAAGGCACGCGUGCUCGGCUCGGCUACCAUCUGCCUGGUGGCGCUGCACCCGAGCAAGCCGGAGCUCAUCGCGGCCAACAUCGGCGACUCUGGCUUCUUGCUGCUGCGGCCCGCCCACACGGCGAGCCCGCGCCUCGGCACGCUCGGCGUGGCCGCGCAGGGCGCCGCCCCUUCGUCUCCGGAGGCGGACGGCCAGGCGCGCUACUCGGACGCGGCUCUGGUGCGGGUUCCGAUCGAGGAGGGCGAUGUCGUCGUGCUCGCAACGGACGGCCUCUUCGACAACGUGGGCGAGGAGGAGGUGAUCGCAGUGGUCGAGGCGAGCGAGGGCGAGGGGGCGCAGCAGCUGGCGACGCGGCUCGCGCACCGCGCGCAGGAGCUCUCGCUCGACCGCGAGGUAGACUCCCCCUUCGCGGUCCUCGCAAAGGAGAACGACAUCCUCUGGGGCGGAGGCCGGCCCGACGACAUCACCGUCGUCGCCUUCCGCGUGGCGCAGCGCGGAGCCGCCGGCUCAACGGCGGUGCCUCUUGCCAGCGGCCCAGGCGCACUUCCCGAGUCGACGCGCCUCGGGCUGGAGUCGAGCGGAAGGGGAGACGCGGCCGCGAGAGAGGGCUGGGACAUCGGCUUCACGGAGCGCGCGGCGGAGGCGAACUGGGAUUAGAGAUCAAGCCAUUACUCAAGGCGAAUGCUGUGGACGGGGGGACUGAUUCCUUUGACUGUGAGAGCAGUGAGAGCGCAUGUAUGUGUCCAUGUGAGUACGCAUGGCAGGUGUGUUGGCUGUUGCAUUUAUGCAUACCGGAGAGGUGCAUGUG